UCACGUCAGCUGUUUGACUGGUUACGGUCCGUGUCGCCACAGACGUUUCGUUUCAAUACAAUUGCUCAGCUGUUCAGUGUUUUGGUUUAUCACACAUUUGGUUUGAGUUGUUCAAGUUUCUAACGUCGCAAUGUCCGAGCAAGAGGCCGCGACGUCCAGCAGUGAAAUCCCGCAGGAGAUCGCCGAGAGUCAAGAGAAAUGCGUGUCGGGUUUCGACGGCGAGCCCGAAGCGAAAAAACGCAAAUUCUCUAAAUCGGGUGACGACAAAAAAUAUAAACUGGAGGAACGUCUGGGUGGUAUAUUGUGCUGCGCUGUGUGCCUCGACCUGCCCAGGGCUGCCAUUUACCAGUGCAGCAACGGCCACUUGAUGUGCGCCGGGUGCUUCACGCAUGUGUUGGCGGACGCGCGGCUGCGCGACGAGAUGGCUACGUGUCCCAGCUGCCGCGUCGAAAUCAGCAAGCUGACCGCCACCAGGAAUCUGGCGGUCGAAAACGCGGUCAGCGAACUGCCCAGCGAGUGCCAGUUUUGCAAUAGGCAGUUCCCGCGGAACACACUCGAGAAGCACGAGGAGCACGAGUGCGAAGAAAGGAUCGCCACGUGCAAGUUCUCGAGAAUUGGGUGCCCGUGGCGGGGCCCGGAGCACGAGAGACCCGAGCACGAGACCCAGUGCGCUCACCCGGAGCGCCCUGGAGCCGACAUUAUGGACUCGCUGAUCGCGAUCGACCAGCAACGCGUAGAAGAACGGAAACUGUACGAGAAUAUUUUCGACCUGCUCGGGUUCGAGAAGAUCGCCUUCAACGACAUUCAGCUAAAGCCGUACAGGACCGACGAGUUUGUCCACCGUCUGUUCUACGAGUCCUCGCGUUUCACGGCGUUCAAUAACAACUGGGUGAUCAAGGCGCGGAUCAACAAUAGCCAGAAGGACCCGACCCAGAGUUCGGAACGCGACAUGACGUAUCAGCUGAUACUGAAGACGAAAACGCAGACGCCGCUAGUGCUCAAUUAUAUCCUUCUGAGGGGGCCGAUCGGCGACAUCAAGGUGCGGCCGCGCAUCUACGAGUUCGAAUUCACCGAUCAGAAUACAGAGAGCCCCUACGUCAUGCUUCCGUUGCCCGACACGGCCGAGUGCAACCGCCUCCUCGCCGCCAAGACGAUAAAUUUCAGGUUACUUAUGUUUUUAGCAUCGAAAUGAGUGAUGACUGCAAUUUGAGGACGUACGGCGAACGGGUGGGAGGGCAGGGACUGUGUUGACCUCAAAAGUUUUGUAAUAAAUUCAUUGUGCUAUACCGAAUCCUAGGGAUUUUUUUUUUAAUUUAAGGAGGAUCUCUUAUAGAGCUAAGGUUUUGUUUUCAUAUAUCAACUAAGUUUUUAAUUUAACUUGAGUGAACCAUUAUUUUUUUAGUUAUAUUUUUACACUUUUUUUGAGGUAUACUUAUAUAUACAUUUAUAUAUUAUUACCAAAUUGUUUUUGUAUUUUUUGUUCACGAAUUUUUUUGCGAAAGGCACUUUAUGUUUAAGGGAAGGGCAUAUAAUAAAUUAUUAU